UCUCUCUCUCUCUCUCUCUCCUUCUCUAAGUCUCUCCCGCUCUGGCUCUUCUUCCUUUUCCGCUACCUAAAAUGGAUACUACUGCUGCUGCUGAUGCAACUAACACUACAACCGCCACAGUUCAACGUGUGACCAAGAAAUCUUCGGAUGAGCUUCUGAGGAAAUUUGCAGAAUUAGGGGAAGAUGAGGCUGCUGCGGAGGCAAAGAUGCGAAAAAGAAGCAAGACUAGGAAUAAGGAAUAUUCAACAUCAUGUGAGAGUCCUUCUCAUUACAGUACUACCACCUUAGUGGAGAGAAGAUCUCUUCUUCCUCAGCUCUCUAGGAAGUCUGUUUUGCUUAGGCAACUUGGGAUUGGGAGAUCUCAGCUUAGAGCUAGGGAUAUCAAGAACAAGUCAAUCUUGAUCUCCAUUGAAAAGACAUGGCGAAAGACAUUAGAGGGAGCUUCGAAAGUAUUUUUGGAGAAGCAUUACAACCGACAUAGGCGCUUGAUUAGUGAGGUUGUCUAGCUUCCAUGCGUUCCUUUUAAAUUUCAUAUCGAGUAGACUCAAGAAUUCAAAAUAUAGCAUAAAUGAUAGGGUUUCAUGAAAAAUAUAUAAAAUCGAUGAUAAAUCAAAUCUAGCUUCUUUUUUUUCUUUUUUUUUCUGAUGAUUCAAUUAGCCUUGUAUUAGAAAGAGGGUGAAAUAUGUUUAAUUAGUCUUUGUAUAAUAGCAUUAUACUUAAUUACAUGAAAAAUUCAUAUA